AUGGCCACCAAGGACACCUCAGCAGCCACCAGGAAAGCCUUGGUAGGAGCAGUGACCACCAAGAAGGUGGCUGUGACCACCAAGAGCCCUUCAGUGGCCACCCACAAUGCUGCAGUGGUGGCGGCCACCAAGAAUGCCAUGGUGGUGGCCACCACCCAGAAUGCUGCAGUGGUGGCCACUGCCAACACCUCUGCGGCCACCAAGAACGCAUUGGCAGCCACCAAGGACACCUCAGCAACCACCAGGAAUGCCGUGGUGGUGGUGACUACCAAGGAGGCCUCGAUGGCCACCAAGAACAACUUGGUGGUGGUCAGGGCCACCAAGAAUGCAUUGGCAACCACCAAGGACACCUCAAUGGUGACCAUGGCCACCAAGAGCAACUCAAUGGUGACCAUGGCCAUCAAGAACACCUUGGCAGCCCCAAGGAAUGCCAUGAUGGUGGUGGCAACUACCAAGGAGGCUUCAGCAGCCACCAAGAGCACCUCAAUGGUGACCAUGGCCACCAAGAACACCUCAGCAGCCACCAAGAAUGCCGUGGUGGUGGUGGCAACUACCAAGGAGGCUUCAGCAUCCACCAGGAACAGCUCAGUGGUGGUGGUCACCAACAAUGCCACGGUGGUGGCCACCCCCACCAAUGCCUCUCUGGUGGCCACCAACACCUCUAUGGAGGGAGCAGAGGAGACCAUGCUCUAUCGUUUCUCCAGCACCAACUACACGGCAGGCUGCAGCAGGGGGUGCAGCAUGGAGCCCUGCAGCACCAACAGCAGCAGGCAGCCCUGUGCCCUGGAGUGCUGUGCUGGCCCUCUCUGCCUGCAGCUCAACGCCACCGCCUACGGUGACCUGGCACCCACCACCACCGCCCCAGUGCCACUGACAACCACCAGCAGCACCAGCAGCACCAGCAGCACCCCCCGGGCUCCCCCCCAGAACAUGAAGAAGAUGGGCUUGAAUUACAUGGCAGGAUGCAGCAGAGCCUGCAAGGCUGCCAAACCAGCCUGUGCUGCUGGGGUGAAGGCUGCCUGCUACCAGGAGUGCUGCCCAGCCACCCCAAAGGGCAGCUGUCUGAAACUGGAUGGCAAAGUUCACCUCAACAGCGCCGGGCAGGCAGCACUGGCCCCACUCCUGCAGCUCAUGGCAUGCCCUUGA